GUUCGUACCCGGGCCCUGGUCACCCUGCAGUGCCACCUGUGGGGCUGGAAGGCAAACUCGGGAGGUGAAGUGCCAGGUUCUUCUCUCGUUCACCAAAACGGAGGUGGACCUUCCAAAGGAGGAGUGUGGCAAGGACAAACCCAAUCUUGAGAGGCCCUGCUACCAGGGGCCAUGUUCUAAAGUUCCUGGCAUCUCUUCAGGCCUUGAGGACCAUGGGGCCACUUACAUCCAGACAGAGGAAGUGUACAGCUGGGACUACAGGGGCUUUACUGCCUGCUCAGCCACAUGUGCUGCUGGGAAGCAGAAAGCAGUUGUGAGGUGUGUUAACAGGAAGCAGGGUGAGGAGGUGGAGGACUCUCUGUGUGAUUCAUCCAGCAGGCCACCAGUAAUGAUACGCAUCUGUGACCCUGAGCCAUGCCCUCCAAGAUGGGAGGUGACAGCAUGGACCGGCUGCUCUGCGUCCUGCGGCGUCGGCAUACAGACCAGGAGCGUGUUUUGCAUGCGUCUGUUGUCCGUCGACCAGCAGGACAUUCUGACUGUUUCAGAGGACGAGUGCAGGGAAUUUAAACCUGCCAUCCUGCAACCCUGCAAUCAGGUGGACUGUCCUCCUGCAUGGGAGACCGAGCCCUGGCAGCAGUGCUCCCGGUCCUGUGGUGGGGGUGUCCAGGUGCGGAAAGUCUACUGUAAGCAGCUCCUGUCCACAGGAGCCUAUAGGAGGCUGGGAGACAAGUCCUGCUGGGGGGCCAAACCUGCCACUAACAGAGACUGCAGCAACACUGACUGUCUGCCCUACAUGGCUGGAGGAGAAUGGGGAAAGUGCUCAGUGUCCUGUGGUUUGGGGAUCAAGCGGAGGAAGCCACUCUGCCGCCAGUUGACGGGCAUGGGCCAGCAGGUGACGUUGGCCAGGGAGCUGUGCUCAGGGCUGCCCUCCCCAUCGCUCGUGCGAACCUGUCGCAUGAUGGCCUGUCCCACAAAUGCCAAAGGCUAUGACCACCGGGUUAAACAGUGUCCGGCACUCAUGAGUCAGCACCAUAUCUACAUUCAAACCCGCAACGAGAAACGCCUGCACCUGACCAUCGGAGGUCACGCCUACCUAUUACCCAACACCUCACUGGUUAUCAAAUGCCCUGUGAGAAGUUUCCCAAAAGAGUACAUCCGCUGGAUGAAAGACGGCCGCCCCUUGCUCAAUUCCAAACGCCUGGUUGUCACCAAAUCUGCCUCUCUGAAGAUCAACUUUGUAAGGGCAGAGGACAUCGGGGUGUACAAGUGUGUUGCUGGACCUGCCUCAGACAUCUUCACUCUCCAGCUAAUAGGUAGAGACAGCAGGUCAACUGGCAGAGCAUCUACUGCCAGUCCUAGUCCCAAAUGGGAGAUUGUGCUACCCAGCUGUCAUUGGCACUACUCAGACGAUUGGCGCUCGUCUCCAAUUCGUGUGUCGUUGCAGCCCCCCAGUGUCCAGGAGAUCUCGCUGCAGCCAUGGGUGGAGGAGAGGCUGAUUAAUAUCACGCUGCAGGCCGACAGAGAGGAAAUCCAGCAGGAGCAGGCCUCAGAGAUCAUCUCCUCACUGCUGACCCACAUGUCUGCUGCCCAGCUCUGGACCAGGACUACAGCAGGAGGAGGACAAGUGGAAGACAUACUGCCCAACUGGUCCGAGCGCUUUUCAAUGGAUAGAGUUGCAAAAAGGCCAGUGAUAAUCAGACAGCAGCAGACCCCCCAGCUGAUGUUUCAGAAGAACAUCAACAUCAGCGUCGGACAGAGCGCCCUCGUCACCAACACCACCCGAUCGCUGACUGUGCUCUGUUCUGCAAAUGGCUUCCCGCCUCCCAUAAUUAGCUGGACCAAAGACGGAGUUUGGCUAGAGCGCAGUGACAGGGUGUCAUGGGAUAGCUCUGGAGGACUCCACAUCCUUCAUCCCAGAGCGUUUGACCGAGGCCAGUACAAGUGCACAGCCGCCAAUGCUUAUGGCUUAGACUCAGAGACGUUUCAGCUACUGGUGGCAGAGCCACCAGCCAUCGCCGUGUCAUGGAGGAAUGUUUCAGACAGUGGGCUGGUGUUUGGCCACAGCUUGUGGGCCGUGGUCGGGGGACGAGUCGACGUUCGCCAGGGCAGCAACCUCACUCUGGACUGCCCCGUCACUGAGUUUGGCUGGCGUUUUGGAGACUGGACUGCAUGUAGCGCUUCCUGUGGGAACAGAGGGACUUGGCUGCGGAGGAUUUGGUGUGUCUCUCUGGAUGGAAAGGACGUGCAGCCCACCAUGUGUCAGAAUAUACCGAAACCCUUCACUUCACCAGUUCCCUGCAACAGACAGGACUGCCCCCCCAGAUGGUCUGUGUCAGAGUGGUCAAAGUGCUCGGCCUCGUGUGGCAGUGGCUGGAAACAGAGGCAGGUCUCAUGUCAGCAGCUGGAUGCCAGAGGUGCAAAUAGGACUCUGACAGCCGCUGCCUGUGAGAAGAUGAGCCGGCCAGCGGACACAGAGCAGUGCACCGCUAAUAACUGCCCGACCUGGGUCACCAGUCCAUGGGGAAAGUGUUCAGGAAGGUGUUUAGGCCCCGCCACCACUGUACAGAAGAGAUCUGUCACCUGCCAACACACCAAUGGCUCCUCGUACACAGACUGUGCACUGUGGGACAGGCCUGCGUCGGUACGUGACUGUUCCUCGGACCUGUGUGAUGUCGAGUGGCGCCCUGGCGUGUGGCGGGCAUGCACAGUAGUCUGCGGGAGUGGCUUUCAGUCCCGCAGGGUGGACUGUGUUCACCGCAGGAGUGGCAGGACUCUGGCUGACCAGCACUGCGCCUGGCUCCAACGGCCCCCCACCUGGCAGCACUGCAACACCGCCUCUUGUGGGAGUGAAUGCAAGGACACCACCCAGUACUGCAGCGUGGUGAAGAGGCUGAAGCUGUGCUAUGUGGAUAUGUACAAACACAGAUGCUGUGGGUCAUGUUCACAGGACGCUGACUCCACCUAGUGGCAGUGAGCGGUUAUAACCACAUUACAUUUUGUUUAUGUACAUGAGACUGAACAAAGACUGAAAGGACAUCAUCUGUGGGUGGAUGCUUCAAGAACUGCAGACAUGUGAAUGGGACAAGCUUCAGUCAAAUUCUUUCACUCCCUAAAAGGAAACUGAAUGGAGCCACAAAAGGCUGGAAGGAUGAGGGGGCUUUAUUUUCUGAUCUGAACCCAACCUCCUAAUAUGAAGUGUUCACUAUGUGGAUCAAAUGUUUUCUUGCUUUCCUGCAAACAUUUUGUGUGACAAAAAUGAAUAUGGUGAUGUUUCUUACUGUAGAAUGCAGACCACUGCUCUCCUUUAGACAAGACUUAGACUGAGCUACUGGUUUGCCAGUAUUGACCUUUAUUAGAUAUGUCAUGUCAUCCACUGCUGAUAUAAGUGAGGUUUAUCAAAUCAGCAAGUACAUAAAAACAGCCUAGAGAACUUGCAAUCAGACUUUUCUUUCUUUAAACUUUAUUUAUUUGUUUAAAUGUUCAAAAGUGUUUUUAUAAAAUGAUUCACCUAAACAUAUUAAAAGGAAAUUCUGUUUUAUUACAACUUGGGUCACAUUUUCAUUUUUAUGACCAUCAUUUCUACUCACUGUAUUAACUGCUGGGAUCUGGCAACAUUGCUAAAAGUCAGACGAUCAGACAGCUUGUAAGCCAAAAGUUUAGCUGUAUGGUCACAGCUACUUUAUUUGGAGGUAAAACUGAAAGUGAGUGAUGAUGAUGAUGAUGGCUAAAACUGCAAAAAUAAGACUCAAGUUGUAAUAAACCAAAAGUAUCCUUUAAUCUCUCCUUGACCUGCCCUACCGUUAAAUGGGUACAUUAAAUCACCUUGCUUUGAAGAGCUGCUAACCAUAAGAGACUUUCUCUAGAGUGGGUUCCAAUGUUCCAUGUGUUUCAGUGUCCCAUGAUGCUGUUUCAAAGGCUUUCCCAUCCUGAUAAGUUUAAAAGUUUGGUAGACACACUGAAUUCUUGAUCUCCUAUCUUAAGAUAUUGACAAAAAAAACAUCAUCACAAAACCCCCUAAUGGUGACUUCCAUCUAGAACAUAAUGUUGGCCUUCAAAACACCAUAUCUGUAAAAACCAACCCUAUCGCCAGAUGGAAUGUUGAUGUUGGAUGAUUCAGCAAAAAGCAGGAUUAUGUUCAGUACCAACGUUGUUGUAAUGAUCUACUUUUACUCUGCAUGGUAAUUAUGGGAUGGCUGUGGAAUGAUAUUGGUUAUCGCAAAAAAGUGGUGAUGCAUAUAUUGGCCUAACAUCCUGAAUAAAUAAAAAACAAUCGGCCAAAUUGUUAUUAUGUUAUCUGCCCAGAACUUCCUGAUCGGUGCAUCCCUACAAAUAAGUAAUAGUUAAUUUAUGGUUAAAGGAAACUUAGGGUAAGCUUAGAGAAUCUCCUUUAGGUAGUUUGGAAUAGGGAGCUAUGGCACAAGUCAAGAGUGCACACACCGUGUGGACCUCCAUUCAGCCAGGAGAACCCACAAACCACAAAGUGGCAUGGAAGUAGAGAAGGAGAGACAGUGGGCCUACGGCAAACCUGGUUGGGGCUGGGCAAACCGGUGGUCAUGGGAUUGAAAGCUAGGGCAAAAAUAAGAGUUGAAGACACCAAGAUGGUUUUUUUUUAGGCUUUUAUGCCUUUAUUUGAUAGGACAGCUUGAGACAGACAGGAAUGGGGGGCAGAGAGACGCAGCAAAGGGCCG